GAAAGUGAUACAGGAAGAUUUAAAUACUUUUUUAGGGUGGAUAAUUUUCAGUUUAAAAACUUUAUAGUGUCUGGCUUUGCCUCUUUGAAAAAUGUGAAAAUUAAAAAUAAUUCACUUAUUCUGUAAACAUAACAUUUCAUUCUAAUGUUCCCCACUGGCUGUAUUUUUCAUAAAAUAUUCAUCUUGUUUGAAACAGUCCAAAGGAAAAAUACUGCAGCCCAAUAUUAAAAUAAUAUUUCCUAGUUCAGUUCAGGGAGUUGGUCAGUGAGUCAUUCAUUAUCUUGAAGAAUUAUCUCACAACAGCACUUAUGCAAAACCCAAACUUUUCAGGGGAGAUCAAAAAUGUUGCCCAUUAAAUGCACUUCCUGCAGUCAGAGCAGAUUGUGGGGUUUACAGAACAAUGAUGUCGGAGCUUCCAGAUUGGUUUGGCAGCUGCAUUGUUCUCGGAGGGUAAACCAGACGCACUUAAGUCCCAGUCUCUUUUAUAGGCUUUUGUUCAUACCAAAUUAUUCUUUCACUGCGCUAGCAUUCAUGAUGGCACGUUAACAGAGUGCCGCUUAGCAACCAGCUCUGGUUGCCAGGCAGCCCAGCUUCCAAUAGGUUUUCCUUGUUUAAGAUACUUUUGGUGGGAGCCCUACGAAGACCACAGUGCAGAUUUUUCUUUUAACUGUAUCGUUUUAUUAGGAUGCUGUUGUGAUUUGUUACUUGCUUCAUGAUGUCAGUAUAUUACAGUAGUUAAUAAAUCACUGAGUGUGAAGAUUUGCUUUCAAAAUCCCUUCCUUUAAUUCUAAAUAAUUGGGCUCAUGCAUAUCCAUUUUAAUAGAAAAAAAAUUGAAACAGAUACAGCUUCAUAAUGGAGCAGAUGGAUAUAGAGAUCUUCUAAGGAAUAUUUCUUUUUAUCAGUUUUGCAGUCAGGAACCAGGAGAGGGUGAUGUUUCUUUAAAACUAAUGAAUGCUAUAUUAGUAGAACAGUGAUAUUGUUUAGAGUUAUCUGUCUUCUCAAGGGAUAAAACCGGAAGAAACUCCUGGAGGAGUGUGUAGGAGUUCUUCACUGAAGGAAUUUUAAGUGUAUUGUUAUCAAGCUAAGGAUUCUCAAAUAUUCUCUUCUCUAGUGUUUACCGUAGUUUAUAUAAUUUAUUUCAUUAUGUAGAAAUGCUUCACUCUUUAAUAAGUUCACGAAAUGCAUUCAAAUGUGUGGCUUCUUAGAAAAUCACUCUGCGUUUUCUCUUAACAUUUAAAUAGCUCCUUUCUAGUGUAAGUAAAAUGUUGAAGAGCUGCAGAAUAAAAUGUUUUUCCAAUUUUCUUUUUUAGUUUAUUUAAAUAGGUGUUUUAUGACAGUCUCAAAUUCAGCCACCACCGGCUUACUAAUGCUACCCAUGGAUGGAGCACUGGCAUUGCCUUAACAAGUAAACUACUGAUGUGCAUGUGGUCCUGACAAUGAAGCACGAGAGAAAAUCAUUUUAUUUUGCUAGCCUGUUCCUGACAGAGAAAUAACAGUUAUUCUCAGCAGACUUUAAGGAAGAUGGUAAAACAGCAAGAGCAUUUUAAACAGUAAAAGCAUUCCUGUAAGGGAAAAGUAGAAGAAAAGAUGACUUUUUAACCAGGCGCAGGCAAUGGUUAGCUAAUGAGUUCAGAAAUAUUUUCUGCCAUAAAAUUCAAGAAAUUAAGAUACCAUUUAUUCAGUGUACUUAAUUAUUUGCUGCUAAUUUUGUGUGAAAUUGGCCAUUUCUAUGCUUUUUAUAAAUACGCACAGAAUAAAAAGAGCUUUUUCCCCUGAAAUGAAAAAGACGGUUGUAUUCCUGGCACUUAAUAAGGGUAGCACGAUGCUGAGAAUUGUGUUCAGUUACUGUAUUCAAUGUUCACAAAAUAAAGAUCAUUGGGGCAAAACUAUUCAUCUCUUAAGUGGAAUGUAAUUCACCCUGUAAUUAUUUUAAUUCUUUGCUGGCUGUUGUAGAAUAUGUAUUCUUUCAUCACAGUACCUAAAUUAAUUUUGAAAGUCUUCAGAUUGUUGUGAAGAUUGAUCCAAAUUAACAAUAACUUUUAAAUUAUAAAAACUUAAGGUCUUCCUUGCCAUAUGACUUUCUCUUUAAAAGAACUUUUGCAACUUUCUAUGAAAUCUUUUAGAGGAAAUGUACAUAACCUGUCAUAGCAUGUCUAAAACGUGCUUUUUUUAAAUAAUAUUUGUGUGUCACUCUAGAAACGUGGGCCUUUCUAACUGUGGGAAAAUCUUUCCCAUCAAGAUUGAGAAGCCACAGGGGCAGCAGAAAGGGCAUGGGUUUUGGAGUCGGGCAAAACGGAGUGAAAAACCCCAUUCCUCUGCUUGUUCACUCUGUUGCCUUGGAGGGAUAUUUGGCCUUUCUGGUUCCUAACUUCGUCAUCUAAAAAAUUGGGCAUGAUACUGUUUGGAAGGGUGUUAACGAAGGAUGAGAGGAUGCAGAUGAAACACAAAGUUGAUAACUCGGUGGUUUGGCAAUUCUCUCCCAACUUCUUUAUUGACACAGAAACGAACCAGUCAGUAUGGGAUUCUAAGUAUUCUACUUUUUUUUCCUCUAGGAAUACGGGGUGCUUUGCAUUCAAGAAUAUAGAAAAAACAGCAAAGUGGAGUCAAGUACACAUAACAGCUUCAUGGGCUUGAAGGAUCACCCGGGGCAUGACCUCGACCACCUUCAUGUGGACAGCACUGACCCCCGUGUAAGUGCAUCUGUACCUUGGUCAAUGGUAGAAAAACCAACAAUGGAUAAAGUUCAUUCUGGGAAGGAAGAAAAAGAGGUGUCUGAAGAGAAUGUGAGCUCUGGUGACUCUGAAGAAAGCACCAACUCCGAUAAUGAGUCAGAACCGGUGAGCAGCGCCCCAGCAGAGCCAUGCUCGCUAACCAAGACCCACAGACAGCUGUGUCGGUCUCCCUGCCUGGAGCCUCACAUCCUCAAACGCAGUGACGUUUUGCAAGACUUUAAACCCGAGGAGUCCCAGGCGACAUCCAAGGAGGCGAGGAAGCCCCCUGAUGUGGUGCGAGAAUACCAAACGAAACUGGAGUUUGCACUGAAGUUAGGUUACUCUGAAGAACAGGUUCAGCUCGUGCUGAACAAACUCGGUACCGACGCUUUAAUCAAUGACAUUUUGGGGGAACUUGUCAAACUCGGAAACAAAAGUGAGGCUGAACAAACGGUUAGUACAGUCACCAGUCUGAUGCGGGAAACGUCUUCCCUGGAAUCCCAGCGGUCGGAAUCUCCAAUGCAAGAGGUGGCAGCAGAUGACGGGGAGAACCUGAGACCGAUAGUCAUCGACGGCAGCAACGUGGCAAUGAGCCAUGGAAACAAAGAAGUGUUUUCCUGCCGAGGAAUAAAAUUGGCGGUGGAUUGGUUUUUGGAAAGAGGCCACAAAGAUGUUACAGUCUUCGUUCCUGCUUGGAGAAAGGAGCAGUCCCGGCCCGACGCUCUCAUUACAGAUCAAGAAAUUCUGCGUAAACUAGAGAAGGAGAAGGUCCUGGUGUUCACGCCGUCCCGGCGCGUGCAGGGCAGACGUGUGGUGUGCUAUGACGACAGGUUCAUCGUGAAGCUGGCGUUCGAGUCGGACGGGAUAAUCAUGUCCAAUGACAACUACAGGGAUUUGGCAAAUGAAAAGCCAGAAUGGAAGAAGUUCAUAGAGGAGCGAUUAUUAAUGUACUCAUUCGUCAAUGACAAGUUCAUGCCCCCCGAUGACCCCCUUGGGAGACACGGCCCGAGCCUGGACAAUUUUCUGAGGAAGAAACCUAUUGUUCCUGAGCACAAAAAGCAGCCUUGUCCAUAUGGGAAGAAGUGUACCUACGGACACAAGUGCAAGUAUUAUCACCCCGAAAGGGGCAGCCAGCCCCAGCGGUCAGUGGCUGAUGAACUUCGUGCCAUGUCCAGAAACACAGCAGCCAAGACGGCCAGUGAAGGAGGGCUGGUGAAAAGCAACAGCGUCCCCUGCAGCACCAAGGCCGACAGCACUUCCGAUGCCAAGCGAGGUGCUCCAAAGAGGCAGUCGGACCCAAGCAUCAGGACUCAGGGCUACCAAGACCUAGAGGAGAAGCUUCCCACCAAAAACAAACUGGAGACCAGGUCCGUCCCCUCCCUGGUGAGCAUCCCGGCCGCUUCGCCCGCAAAACCCCAAAGCACUACGUCUCUAAGCAAUGGCCUUCCAUCUGGAGUUCACUUCCCACCUCAGGAUCAAAGACCACAGGGACAAUAUCCUCCAAUGAUGAUGGCAACCAAAACUCAUGGAACGCCAAUGCCUUAUGAACAGUAUCCAAAAUGUGACUCGCCUGUUGACGUUGGGUAUUACUCCAUGUUGAACGCAUAUUCAGCUCUGAGCAUCUCAGGCCCGCGAAGUCCCGAGAGGCGCUUCUCCUUAGACACAGAGCACAGGGUGAGCUCGGUGGCCUCUGACUGCAGCAGUGAAGGGAGCAUGAGCUGCGGGAGCAGCGACUCGUACGCGGGGUACAACGACCAGUCCUACGUCAGCUCUCCGGACCCCCAGCUGGAGGAGAACUUGAAGUGUCAGCACAUGCCCCCUCACAGCCGCCUUAACGCCCAGCCGUUCCUGCAGAACUUCCACGACCCCUUAACCAGAGUGCAGAGUUACAGUCUCGAAGAGCCAAAGUACCAUCACAAGCCGCCUCUCCCGCAUCUGGCGGUGCCCCUGCAGCACCCGGCCGUGGGCGCGCGGUCCAGCUGCCCCGGCGACUACCCGUCUCCCCCCGGCGCGCCUCGCGCCAAGGCCCCGCACCUCGGGCUCUCCUUGGUGGCCACGAGAGUAGACAGCAUCUCCGACUCUCGGCUAGACAGCUCUCCCUCCAGGCAGCGGAAGCCUUACUCGCGGCAGGAAGGGCUGGGAGGCUGGGACAGGCCGGGUUACGGGCCGGACGCCUACGGCUACCGGCAGACCUACUCGCUGCCGGAUAACCCCGCGCAGCCGUGUUACGAGCAGUGCACCUUCCAGAGCCUCCCCGAGCCGCAGGAGCCGGCCUGGCGGCUCCCGUACUGCGCCGUGCCGCCGGACCCCCCGAGGUACCAGGACAGCCGAGAGAAGGUUUACAUCAACCUGUGCAACAUCUUCCCGCCCGACCUUGUGAGAAUUGUCAUGAAAAGGAACCCUCACGUGACCGACGCCCAGCAGCUGGCUGCAGCCAUUUUGGUGGAGAAAUCCCAGCUGGGUUACUGAGAGAUGAUGCAUCUUCGUGGUGUUUUAGUGGUUUUCUGUUCAGCUCAAAUGCUGAGGGAGGUUUGCUACAAUAGCACAUGUGAUCUCCUUCUCGGCAAGGAGGUUAUAUAGUAUCCAUUUAUGUGAAAUACUGUAUCAUGGAAUCUGUAUGUACAGCCCCACAUAGUGGAAGUAUCACGGGAUUGCUUUACAUUCAAACUUUUUUUUAACCUUUCCUUUUUAAAGCUAUAUUUCCUUGGCUGGAAGUUUUUCCAGUUUGAUUUAUUAGAUGUGUCUGUGAUCUUUGAUAUUAAUCUUUGGUGCAUCAGGGGUUUAUAUGCAGCACUUUUUAAUCCUUGUUUCAUGUUUUAUUAACUUGGUGUUUUGUCUAUCAAUUGCAAGCAAUUCCAAUACCUUCAGAAUGUUGAACAUUUGACUAGACCUAGCAAACUAUUUUUUCAAGCCGAGCUUAAUUGGAAUCUUUUACAGCUUUUUAAGUUAUUUUUAUUUGGGGAAAGUGGGCUUCUUUGUGCUAUAAUCAUUAUUUAUAGAAACAAAGAUAUACUACAGCACUGACUUUAUAUUUUAAACAAAAUGUAAGUUACCAGUUUAUGUUGAAAUGGGUAACAGUAUAUAUUAGAAUAAUUUGCAAAUGUGGCACUUUUCACUGUUUUAUUUUUGUUUGGAUAUUUUGUGUUAAGUAAUUAGUUUAAUAUGGUUGACUUAAAGGAAGGCAGAUGCAAUCAAUGGAAAAACUUGUUUCCAUUUUUUUUUAUAAAAAAGGCAAAAGCCGUAACUGUUACAGUUUAGAGCUUGUUAUCCAGCUGUGAUGUGCUUCUAGACAGUAGACCUGGAAUUGAAUUCCUAGAUUUCCAUUAACCUGUAUUUUUAAUGUGUUUGUCUUUUUGUUUGGGGGCACAACAAUACUGGAUAAAAUAACCCUUUCACAGUA